GAACCAUAUAAGGCAUUCUUGCCCACUACAUGGAACUACAAACCGAUGUUUAGAAAUCCUGGCUCGGACAAGGUCUUAUUCGACGUUAGAAAUAACCCACAGGUUGCCUCUUGGGUUGCCCAGGUGCCUAAACUAGAGUACAACCAAUCUCAGGAACCUUCUGGACGUCCUCGGGUAAAUCUGAAUGAUGAGAAUGUUCGGCUAGUAAGCCCCCCCCUGUCAUUUCACACCCCGAUAGAAAAAGUUGUAGAACAGGACCUUAUCGGGUUUGAUCAGCAACAGACAGAAGAGCUAUCAACAAGUAUCGACAAAGAAAAUGAGAGAAUAAGCAUCACUCAGUCAGAAACACAAGUCCCUCAGCAUCCACCGCCCUCUAAACCCGAACGCGAUGACCCAUUCAUUCAGUUAUGGAAAGGUGCUCAAAUAGGAGAGCCUCGCGUGGAACCCAGCAUCACGCCCCCGCCUCGGCGCUCUACCAUGAGACAGCAGGCAGGCCGCCGGUAUGAUGGGUUUCAAGCCCCAGAAUGCCCACCUGGUUAUGAAAAAGUGCAUAAAGGGCCAGAUCCAGAUCCCGAAUUGACCCAAGCCAUCGUCAAGAAGCUCGUCCGAAUGAUGGGCUCUCUGGAAACUUUCACUGGUAAAGUGUCUUUGAAAGCUGAACUAGGGCGCUUCUGUCUCACAAAGGUCAAUCACAACCAUGUGUGGUUGAAGGGCAGCGCUUGUCAAGAUAAAGUCAAGUCAUUACAGGACGUGAAAGAGAUCUUGGAUAGACAUCAUGUCCGACCUAAAGAUGUCAUAUUCACAAAGUUUCUGACAGGAGAUGGGGAGGAUGCAAAUCAUAUUACAUUUGCCCAUGAUAGUUUUAGGCGAAGAUUAUGGGUGCCCACUGCUCGUCGCACUGUUUAUGAGAUCUACUGCCGCGUUAAGACAGCAGACGAAAAGGUUCAUAAGCUCGCAUUGGAGGUUGACGCCAAAGAACUCACCUAUAGAAUCUAUGAACGGGGUGGUGGUUCCUGCGCUGUCUUCGUGCAUUGUCCUAUGAGGGUAUGGGACUUCCAAGUCACCCUCACCAAGUCGCAAGACUUGGGCCUAACUUACCGUGAAUUUGCAGAGGACCUUAUUAACAACAUGAGCAUCACACAACAAGACUCCGGCAUACCGUUCUUGGAAUUUGUUGUUAAAGGAGUAUACCAGGCUGAGAUAGUCCUUGUUCGAACCCGCAACAUUGCCUCUUAUACGAGGAACGGAGCAUGUAUUCAGCCCUUUUCCAACACCCAUGGUUCGAAAUCAUCAACUUCGAGCAUAUUAGAGAUCUGCGAGGUGCAUGACAUGGCACCAAGGAUUAUCGGCAGAGAAAAUGGCAAUGUGACCAUCCUGUUUGAUAAGUACGAUGGAGAUCGGCAACGUGGCCAGUUACCAAUCUGGUACGAGGUCUCAUUGCAAUCCAAGGUAAUCAAUAAGGCACUACAGCAGAAUCAAGACCUCGAAAUAGGCGAGGAGGUUUCUUGGACACCUCAGCAGCUCCAGAAAGCUGGGGCAUUUGAUGAAAUUAUCACAUCUGCGAUUGAGGUGGUAAAGAAUAUUGACGGAGUAGGUUACUGGGGAGAUAACUUCCAGGACGCGAAAAACUAUAAGAUGCCCCCUUCGGGAACAGAGACAUAUUUGCAACACCCGACUUCUAAACGGCCUCUAUGAUAGUGGAACGCUCAGCUAGGGAGUAUGAACGGCCGGCGUUAUUUGUGAUUGUGAAAAUGUCUAUGAUUUGGUGAAAGAGGGUGUUGGCAUCUGGAUUGGCGUACGGACUGGCUUUUGCUUCAUGGUUAUUAUACUCUUUGUGCGAAAUGGCAAUUCCUACUUCUUGUUCGAAACCUUAAUACGACAUUACUCAUAUAGUCCUUGACUAAUGUGCAUGACCGCAUACCUAUUAGGAUGAAAAUUAAUACUUUACGAGUAAAACUUGGCAAGAGGACGCAGGCAUGAAGCUUAUAAUUGCUAUGAUGCUUGACGUUGCUAGCCUCUAACUAGUACUUAUUCUAAUCAACUUGUGAUAUAGUCUAGGGCUUAUUGCUAC